AUGGGUGGAAAAGAUGUGGGAGCCGUGAAGGUAUACAGAGAUGUUAUCCGCAGCUUGUUGGAGAAAGCUGCCGCGAGCAAGGAUGCGCCUUCAAUCGAGCCACCGGUGACGGAAGCCAGUCUGGGAGGCGUGGUCGAACAUGUCCUGACGGGUGAGGAUGGCAUAUCAGCGGGGAUUAACCAGCAGACUCAGUAUGCCGCUGUUGAAACCGCAUUUCGCGAGAUAUUUUAUGAUUUGCUUGCCACAACCUCUAUUAACGAGCCCUCUUUCAUGCGGAUAUGGAACCUCCUAGAUAUCGUCUCCAUAUUUUCGGACAACGAAAAAUGUGAACCUGGCCUUAUCUUCUGGCUUAUAGAGGAGCUUUUGGAUAGCCAAACUAUAGACGGGUGCAGAAAGGUUUUCGAUUAUCUCGAAUCUAGGCGAGAGCGCAAUACUGCUAAACACUUUAAACAAAAGAGCCUGAUAAUUCUCAGAUCAUGCAAUGAACUGCUGAGGAGACUCUCGCGUGCUGAAGACACAGUCUUUUGUGGCCGUGUUUUCAUCUUUCUUUUCCAAUCAUUCCCUUUGGGGGACAAGAGCUCUGUGAACCUCCGAGGAGAAUACCACACCGAAAAUGUCACUACGUUCGAUAUACAACCUAAGAUACAAGCAGAAGGCGAAGAGGCGAUGGAUAUAGACAUACAAGGAGAUGUAACCCCAGCCUCCAAUGCAAAGGAUAGCCAGCAAGAGCCAACAAUAACUCAAGCACCCUUGGAAGUGACCAACGAUAUCUCAUCCCAGCGCACAAAGGAACCCGAGAUUCAACUGGAACUUGACCUUGAUACCCUUUAUGCUGCGUUUUGGGGUCUUCAAGAGAGUUUCUCUAAACCUACCAGGCUGUUCGAUGCUGCGCACUUUGCAUCUCUAAAAUCUGGACUGGAAGCGACACUCUCAAGUUUCCGAAAAGUAAGCUCAAAGGUAGAGGUUCGUAACACAACAAAGGGCUUAGACGAAUCGCGACGGGGCACAAAACGCAAGCGAGCUGAAGGAGGGUCGGACUUGCCAAAUAGUUUCAACCCCAAGUAUUUGACUAGUAGGGAUCUAUUUGAACUCGAGAUUAACGACGUGUCUUUCCGUAGACACAUUCUAGUUCAGGCUUUGAUUCUCCUAGAUUUCUUGCUAUCGCUAACGCCCAAGUCGAAAGCCAAGUUAGCUGAUUCCACAAAUAAAUCUGUUCUUUACGGCUAUGUAUUAAGUGAUGAAGAUGCGAAAUGGGCAACUCAAAUGAGAUCGUCUAUUGCAAGCUACCUACAAAAGGGUGCAGAUGGAAAGUUUUACUUCCGAAUGGUUGAUACUGUAUUAACGAGAGAUAAAAACUGGGUUCGAUGGAAGGCAGAAGGAUGUCCUCCAAUUGAACGGCCUCCUGUUCCUGUACAGAGUCAUUUGGACACUCAAUCUAGUGCCGUCAAAAUCACAGCCAACAGGCGGCUCCGCUCAACUCCCAUGGGCUCGUUAGAUCUUGGCUUCCUUGCUGCAGAGUCAAAUCUCGGAGACCUCGAUCGCCUAAAGGAACCUGAAAGGUUUGCAACGCCUAGCCUUGACUUUUAUAUGAGUGGUAUAACAGACGAUGAUUUUAACAUCGACAUGGCAAAAGACGACGAUGAAAAAGAGCAGUCCGUCAAAGCCAAAGCGAGCAAAACCUGGAGGACACUGAGAAUUGCCUCGAGGAGUAGACUCAACCAACUGGAUAAAAUAGAGGAUGGAAAAAACCUGAAGGUGCUUCUCGAGCCAACACCCGCACCAAAUUCCACUUCGGCUAAAUCUCAGCCAGACACCGACAAUAGUGCUGACGUCUCUAAAGAAGAUGAAACCAAAGGGAGCAACGUUGACACUACUGGCCCAGGACAACCCCAGCCCACUCAAACUUGA